GGGAGGCCGGGCGCCGGCCAUGGAGGAGGAGCGGGGGUCGGCGCUGGCUGCCGAGUCGGCGCUGGAGAAGAACGUGGCCGAGCUGACCGUCAUGGACGUGUACGACAUCGCGUCGCUCGUGGGCCACGAGUUCGAGCGAGUCAUCGACCAGCACGGCUGUGAGGCCAUCGCGCGGCUUAUGCCCAAGGUCGUGAGGGUCUUGGAGAUCCUGGAGGUGCUGGUCAGCCGUCAUCACGUCGCGCCCGAGCUGGACGAGCUGCGUCUGGAGCUGGACCGGCUGCGCGUGGAGAGGAUGGACCGCAUCGAGAAGGAGCGCAAGCACCAGAAGGAGCUGGAGCUGGUGGAGGAUGUGUGGCGCGGGGAGGCACAGGACCUCCUGUCGCAGAUAGCGCAGCUGCAGGAAGAGAACAAGCAGCUCAUGACCAACCUCAACCACAAGGAUGUCAGCUUCUCCGAGGAGGAAUUCCAGAAGCAGGAAGGUAUGUCAGAGCGGGAGCGGCAGGUGAUGAAGAAGCUGAAGGAAGUGGUGGACAAACAGCGUGAUGAGAUCCGCGCCAAGGACCGGGAGCUCGGCCUGAAGAAUGAGGACGUUGAGGCUUUACAGCAGCAACAGACCCGGCUCAUGAAGAUCAACCACGACCUUCGGCACAGGGUGGCAGUGGUGGAGGCCCAGGGGAAGGCUCUGAUUGAACAGAAGGUGGAGCUGGAGGCAGAUCUGCAGACAAAGGAGCAGGAGAUGGGCAGCCUGCGGGCAGAGCUUGGGAAGCUUCGAGAGAGGCUACAAGGGGAGCCCAGCCAGAAUGGGGAGGAGGAGCCAGAGAUGCAGCCGGGGGGUGAAGAGUGCAUCUCAGAUGCCGAGAAGGCGGCCAUGGACCUCAAGGACCCCAACCGCCCCCGCUUCACGCUGCAGGAGUUGCGAGAUGUCCUCCACGAGAGGAAUGAGCUCAAGUCCAAGGUGUUCCUGCUGCAGGAGGAGCUGGCCUACUACAAAAGUGAAGAAAUAGAAGAGGAAAAUCGAAUACCUCCACCUCCGCCCAUUGCACACCCAAGAAUGUCCCCCCAGCCAGAGUCUGGGAUCAAGCGACUGUUUAGCUUUUUCUCCCGAGACAAGAGGCGCCUGGCCAACUCCCAGAGAACGACGCACAUGCACGAGUCCUUUGGCCAGUGGGCAAGCACCCACCGUGAUGACGGGUACACAGAACAAGGACAGGAAGCCCUGCAGCAUCUGUGACCUUAGCUCCUCCCCUGGUGGGCCUGGACUGUCCCCAGCCUGAGCUGGAUCAUUGCUCACACCUCUUUGUGCGAUUGCACCCUCAAAUCCAACCCUUCAAACAAACUGCUUUGAGGAUGGACAAUGAAAAACUGAUGCCAAAUUUUAGGAAAAAAAAGUUUAUUUAUAUCCAGGGCUAUCACUGUUUAUAUUAAAUGCCUCUGACCCCUUAGGAUAUAUAUUUAAUAAUCCCACAAACUGAGGUCAGAUUUUUCUCGUUAACUUUAGUAAUAAGCUGCUUAAGCCAAAUACAACACUCACCGCUAUAAUUGCUGUUUGAUUUCUUUGUAUAAAGUUCUAUGUGUUGCUGGGCGUGGUGGCGCACACCUUUAAUCCCAGCACUGGGGGGAGGGACAGAGGUAGGAGGAUCGCCAUGAGUUCAAGGCCACCCCGAGAAUAUAUAGUGAAUUCCAGGUCAGCCUGGGCUAUAGUGAGACCCUACCUUUAAAAAAAAAAAUUUGUAUGUAGAGGUUUUAUUAUCACCUUUGUCAUGCUUCAGUGGGACCCAAGUGAAAAGUAGCUUUGUGUUAUCAUGAGCGUUCUGUGGAGGAAGCAGCUUGCCUAGGAUGUAUGGAUCAGACAGAUGGAGCCUCUGGCCACAGAAUGAGCUGCCCAGAGUGGAUACAGAACAACAGCAUCUUACCAGUCCUCCCAGCCACAGACUGGACAACCUUGCAGGAGCCACUCACUGUUCCUGAUAAGGGCCGGAGGCUUGUGCAGCCCUGUGUGGAGGCAGUGUGCCUUGGAAUCUGCUGUGAGUUACCAAGUACUAACCAAACAAAGUCACUUCAGAUGACAUGUU